AUGGCGGCGGCCUCUGAGGGUGGGGCGGUCGGCGGAGUUUAUCAGCACCACGCGCAGAGAGCGAUCUGCGCUUCGCGGGCCAAGUAUCGUGAGGGGCGGAGACCUCGCGCGGUUAAGGUAUAUACUAUCAACUUAGAGUCUCGUUACUUGUUGAUACAAGGUGUUCCAGCCUUGGGUGUUAUGAAGGAAUUAGUUGAGCUGUUUGCAUUAUAUGGCACCAUUGAAGAAUAUAAUCCAUUAGAUGACUACCCAGCAGAAGAAUUUACAGAAGUUUAUCUGAUCAAGUUUCAAAAGAUACAGAGUGCAAGGGUAGCCAAGAGAAAAUUGGAUGAGCGUAGUUUCUUUGGUAGUUUGCUACAUGUGUGUUAUGCUCCAGAAUUUGAGACUGUACAGGAGACCAGAGAAAAACUACGAGACCGACGGAAGUAUAUAGCAAAAGUGACUAGUUGCAAAGAUCAGUUACAAGUGAAGAAACAGAACUGGAAUACAUGUUUUCACAAGACUUUUCAGCCAGAUGCUCCUGGAGUUCAUACAUCUGAAGUAGCCAGUAAUAACUGGCAUCUACCUGCAUAUGUUCAUGAUCCUGAGCCGUCAUCCUGUUAUGAACUGUCAUUGAACAAUGUGGCCUCUGCUUCAGAAGAGUGCUGUCAGAAUACAUUGUCAGCACCUUACUACGCUAGUGACUGUGCUGAAGCAUCUGAGUACUGUAGCCAGAGGACACUAAUGCCUCAGAAUGUGCAACAGGGAAUAAUACAGAGCAUACCAGCCCAUCGCAGCUUGCAGAGAGAACUUGCUCGUGACAAUGGACUCAGUAGAUUUAUGCCUCGAACAACUCAGCUACAGGAACGAAAAAGACGACGAGAUGAAGGCAACAAAUUUGCCCUUAUUGGGAAAGACACUGAUAAUACAGAAAUACUUAUUGGUCCAAGGCUACCAGAACCACCUAAACUAGAUAUGGAUGAUGAAUCGCUGAACACCUCAGCAACCUUAAUUCGAAAUAAACUUAAGGAGGUUAUACUUCCUGUUCAAGUUCCAGAACUAUCUGGGGAGACGUCGUUGAAUAGUCCAAGAAAGCCAACUGUGAAACAAAGACGACGAAUAUAA